UUCGUUCAUUCGUUCAUUCGUUCAUUCGUUCAUUCGUUCAUUUGUUCAUUCGUUCAUUCGUUUGCUCGCGGAUCGCUUGCACAGCAACAAGAUCACUCGAGACGGAAGCGUGGCCCUCUGUCGGGCACUCUACGGCCAUCCCUCAAUCCGCACCCUCAAGCUGAGCUGCAACUGCAUACAGAACGAGGGCGCCGAGGCAGUGUCGAACAUGCUCUUGAACAACACCUGCCUUGUCAAUCUGUAUCUUGAUCACAACGCCAUCAAUGGCAAGGGAUUGGUGCUCCUCGCUGAGGGUUUGGCCCGCAAUACAACGCUGCAGUUUCUGACGCUGUGGGGGAACGAGUGGAGUACCGAAGCAUGCGAUGCAUUCGCACGUCUUGUUGGUGGUUCUGUAUCGAACUGCUGUAUCGGCUCCACGGACAGCAAACCGAUUCCGGGCCAGAAGCAACUGCUGGAAAAGAUCGGCUCUGCUUUUGGAAACCGUGUUGGCAUCUUCCGGGCUGUCCAGCCGCGAGCGAGAGCCAACAACCGGGUGGGAGCCCUGACCCUUGGCUCAACUGAGUCGCGGGGCACAAGUGCGGUAUCGUCACUGUCGUCCCGCUCGAAUGCUGGGUCUCGAGCCGCCCAGCCCGAAACCGCCAAGGGCGAGGAUGUCGAACAGCCAGCGGACACGCGGCCGCCCCGGUUCAAGGACGGACAGAUCGAUGUUGUGUUCUAUGGGAUCGAGGGGGUCACUUUUGCGGCGCACUAUCCGAUCCCGGACGUUGUCUGAACCGGGAUACUCCAAUACAAGUCAAGGACACCCACCCCAAGACACGAUGCUCGUGUUGCGCUGGGAUUGAUGCACCACGGUGUAGCGACGGAUGGGGGACUGCUCAACACCAAGGGAGAACAUGACGCAAAGACGCACUCGAUGUGGAUGGAAUGAUGCCCAAAGAAACCCCUUCCACCCACUGGACUGUUGUCGGCCGGGUGGGUGGUA